CGGGCGCUGAGCACUGGAGAGAGCGUCUUGUGGUUACGGCCUGCGGCCUGCACCUCAGCUUCCUCCGCACGGUUAUCCCUGUACCCGCCGCCAUCCAUCCUGGCGCUCCGGAUGAGUCAAUGAGGGGCAGCGCCCGAGGAAUGGUCUUCCCAAGAACCCCCGGUGGCCUCCCAAGGCCGGUGCUGUGUACCUCCUCCCCGACAAAAGGGGCAACUGAGGCCCCGAGGGGAGUGGGAAGAGCCGGCUGGACGUCAGGCCCAGCCGCUGGUGCGGUAGUCCGUCCCCUCCGCCGGGGUGGGCCCCUCGGGUUUCGCGUGUCCUCGGGAAAGAGACUGGCGGGCCUCGUGGGCUGUGCGGCUCUCCUGGAGACAGAUGACAGCUCUCCCUUGGAUGGCUUUGCUAGUUUCGCACCAGCCAGCGCCCCAUUUUUCCUGCAGCACCCUGAUCCGCACUCCCUGAGGGGCUCCCACUGUCCGCGGUGUGAGGAUGUCCCUGGAUAGUCCACUGUGUGCAGAGGCAUGGGAGUUGUCAUGUCGAUAACAUGCUAGACCUCAGUGUCCUUGAGGUAAGAUCUCUAGUUCAUUGUCUGGAAUGUUGGUUCCUUGUAUCUAGUACAGUUCUGUACGUGUUCCCAGGGGCUUUGGGGUUGGUGUAGGGGAGCUGAGAGGUGAGAUGAGAAUGGCACUGUGGGUCCCCAGAUCCGCUGUCCACCCAGCCAACCCAGAUAACCUCUGGCCUUUCAUGUGCCUUCAGGGCUUGCUGCUGGGGGGAAACCUCCAGAGUCCCACUUUGGUAAUAAGAGGUCUCUGCCCUUUCUCCCUGGGCAGCAGGAUGUUGUAAUGGAAAAUGAGUGGACCUAGGCUUCAGAGACUCUGGUCCCCUGGCUUUGAAUCCCCUUCUGCCACUAUCCCAGUCAAGGACUGAUUCAGAACCUAAUUUUCUUCAUUUGGAAAAUAAUGUUCUGAUAGAGGUGACUUUUGUGGUACCUGAGACCACAUGAUUCCUAUCAUUACCAGCCAAUAUUGUCCCAUUGUUUUUGCCCCAUGUGACUUCUCUGUGAUUCCUCCUGGCAAGGAAGUUCUAUGUGGUUUUUACAGGAAAGCAGGGCCACUUUCGGGGUCCUGUGCUGGGCUGGAUUGUUUUCCUGGACUGGACCUAGUCCAUAGGCUGCUGGCAUCUGUUUCUCUUCAUAGAUCUCUCUCUGCCCUUGUAUAUACCUGCAUUCAAAAAUGAUCAUGGGCUUCCUGUGCUCUGGUCAUCGAUAAUGCAGGGAGAGGAAUUGCUGAAAGCCGUUUCCCGUGUUUGGAGGGUUCACAUCUGUCCCUUUCAAAUGCUGGCGCUUUCACACACUCCUCUCCUGCCAGCACCUUCUGGUCUCAGGAGCAUUGCAGGAUGCUGUGUGAGUGAGUGAUGGGAGACACUUUAGUGUGACUUUUUUCAGCUUAGCUUCCUGUUAUCAGAGAGCAGUCUCAGUGUCAAGGUUUGGGUACUAGAUGGUGGAAAAAGCCUGUGUGAAUUAUUUUUAAUGAAUAAGUGUGAUGUUGGGUGGCAUACAGUCACUGCCUUAAGAUUUUCAAAGAGAAGCAGCCUUUUGGAGGUGGUGGGCCUGGGCAGGUCUUUCAAGGAGUGGGAUGUGAUGGGCAGUAGAAAGGUAUUCCAGGGAGGGGUAGCAACAUGAGAAGGUCUUUGAGGCUGGGAUGAGCAAGAGUGUCUAGUCCCACCAGGGAGACAGAUGUGUAGGCAAGUAAUGAAAGCAUGGAGGGAUGGCUGCUGGGGUGGUCCUUGGCUCCCAGCAUGGCGAGGUGGGACAUCUAUGGGAGGGGCCCUGAGAGGUCUCUUGAGCUGUCUUUCUGCCAGUUGCACAUCUGCUCGGUUGCCUGUCAAGACUCUUAAGACAGUUUUGCUAGACUCUUAAGUUUUUAUUUUGAUAUUCUUCGGGAGCAUUGAGAUUCCUUUUUGAGAUGAGUUUGGUAUGAAAGAAACUGGCAACUCAUACCCGAUUGAUUAACUGGGGGCAUUCCCAUUGACAUCAGCUUGAAGAAAGACAACAGAACACUGGAGACCAAGUACUUGCAGCCUUCUGCUCUGUGGCCCCUCCUCACUCCAGGGAUGCCGCCUUGGGUCUGGAGACUGUUAGAGGAAACCCCAAGAGGUGCAAGCACUGAGCCUCUCAGGACAAUGACCUGGGAUUCCACCUCCCCUGGAGGGGCCUCCUCAUGAUUGUUUGGGGGUUGAUCACAGACCAAGAGUGAUGAGUGAUGUCACCCUGUGAUGCAUGGCUGGACCUUCUUGCCCCUGUUGUCUCAGCACAACAUUAAUCGACUUUUCCCUCAGCGUGGGUGGGCAGAGGAAAAGCCCUGUGGCUCUGGGGACUUGGGAUCCAGAGUUGAAGACCCUUCAGCUGGCUCUGCCCUGCCAGUGCCACAGAGUGCCAUGGCCCAGGAAGACUGGUUUUCUUCCAUCUAGGCCAGGCCAUCCAGUGGCCAUCCUUCGUGUCCUCCCACCUCCUUCUGGUGUGACUUCUGAAAACCAAGAAUUUGUUCCUGUUGACUUUUUCUGUGCUAUGGACCAUUGUCCUCUGACCCACUCAAUAAAUCUUGAAACAUGC